GCGCGGCAGAGGCGUCAGUGUGCGCUGAGCAGCGAUCCCAGUCGGCUAGUGACAGCAUCCUCAUCAUGCAGAGCCUGCGUCUCGUGCUUCUGUUGGGCGCCGCCGUGGCGCUCGUCUCCGGACAGCAGCUGCCCGUCAAGCUGGACGCCUUCAAGAAUCACCCGUGCUUCCGUCUGGUGGAGAAGGAGCGCGGCGGCGGCAUCACUCAGACCCUAUACCAGGAGUGCGGCCAGUCGGUGAUCCACCUGUCCCCCGAGCUGCGCCGCCAGAAGGGCAAGUUCCUGCUCUACGCCUGCAUCACCAACAAGCUCGGUCUGCUCAGCAACCGGCGCUUCCUCAACACCGACGCGCUGCGCUCCAUCAUCCAGCGCAGCAACAGCAUCAGCGGCGGAGAGAAGUCCAACUACAACAACAUCCUGAACCAGUGCGACAGCCGCGGCCGCGAGCUCAUCAUGUGCAUGGACCUGGUGUGCCCGGGCCUGCUGAGCCCCGUCUCGGGCUAGGUGAAUCGAGUCCCGGGUCGGCGGCGGCUCUGCAGACAGCGUGACCCGGUGCCGUCGCUCACAGCGACAUGUCAAUGAACCGGACGGUGACGCCGGCCGGGCGGGGGUCAGUCGGCCGGCCGGCCGAGCCGGUGACCCCGCGCCGGUCACCGCCGCGCCGGCCGGCCGGCACCGCUCUGCUAUAUCGGUCACGCUGCCGGGAGCCUCACCGUGGACGGUGCUGCUAGCUGGUCACAUGUGAAAAAUGUACAACUGAUGUCGUGGCGCCAUUGUUCAUUGAAAGGUGGAUGCAAUCCAAUGUCAAAGUGAUCUUCAAUUUGUGUCAUACAAAUAUACCAAUCUGACUGUG